GUUCUGCCCUCAAAGAAUCUCUUCAUUCAGAUGACACUACAUCAGUUUCAUCCACAUAAGAAGUUAAGGAGCCUCUCUAUCGUUUAGCUUCAGGAAACAGGUUCCUCAUUGUAAACUGCCUGAGAGUGGUGACAGCUAGUCAACUUCAAAAGAAGGCAAGAGAUUUGCUUGCUAAGUUUGGGAAGGAAUUCAGAAAUGCUGAAAGCUGCAGAUGACAUUAUGGACCAGGAGGAUUCUACUUCUCAAAGUGGAGAAAUGACAAGCUGGGAUAUCAAUGACAUCAAACUGCCUCAGGAUGUGAAACAAACAGAUUGGUUUCAGGAAUGGCCAGAUUCCUAUGUAAAGCAUAUCUAUAGCUCGGAUGAUAAAAAUGCUCAGAGGCACCUGAGUAGCUGGGCAAUGAGAAACACCAAUAACCACAACUCUCGCAUCUUAAAAAAGUCCUGCCUUGGGGUAGUGGUCUGCAGCAAUGACUGCUCAGCCGCAGAUGGGAGGAAGAUCUAUCUGAGACCAGCGAUAUGUGAUAAAGCCAGGCAAAAGCAGCAAAGGAAAUGUUGUCCAAACUGCAGUGGACCUUUAAAGCUUAUUUCCUGUCGAGGCCAUGGUGGGUACCCUGUCACCAACUUCUGGAGGCAUGAAGGGCCAUUCAUAUUUUUUCAGUCUAAGGGGGCCCAUGAUCACCCCAGGCCAGAAACAAAACUAGAAGCAGAAGCAAGAAGAUCAAUACAGAAAGCACAGACAGCUGUUUCUCCCACCUCUCCAAGACUAAAAAGAUGCCGGGAGGCUGAGUCCCUGACAGGUGAGAUGCAAAGUCAAGAAGCUUGGCCUUUACUUCUUUCCAAUCAGGAAAACUACAUAUCAUCCUGUAGUUUUAAUGGACAUUUACUAGACAAAAACCCUCAAGAGCAAAUAAUAAAUAAUUGUUUGUCUCUUGCUAAAAACUAUGGUUUUGGAAGAUCCCCUUACCUAACAGAACACUCUCAGGACAUAGGAUCUAACAAAUACUAUGAGAAGUGCAAAGAAAUUGGCAGCAGGGAGCAUGACUGCAGAGACCUCUCUGGACUGUCUGUGUGCAAUAUGUAUGCUGACUAUGGAGAGCCACAACCCUGGAAUAAGAACACUACCCUAGAAAGGAAUCCAUGUACUGACAAGUGUUGCAAUGGUUCUACUUUAUCUUUGGCUGAUCUGCAUUGUGAAAUUGUUUCUCCACAAAACUGUAUGGACUCCAGUAUCCAACAUGUUCCCAAUAUACCACCGACAACAAAGGCUGGCUACCAUCCAUCCAGGCCUAACCCAGGCCUAUCUGGAGAUGAUUUUUAUGAAGGGAAAUUGCAUGUGAAUUACAACAGCAGCUACAUCCCUUCCUCUUUCUACCAUCUCUCUUCGGAGGAUCCCUACCUCAUUAUGAAUUCUGCACAUCGCCAUCAACAGCCUUCGCCACUCACGAAAGGAAACGAAUGGGACUUUGAAGAAGAAAGAAAAUACACCAAUCUGGAUUACUGCAACAAUGAAAUGAUUUUUAGUCUCUAUCCUUUACGAUGAUCAUGUUUAUCAUUUCCCCUCUUCCCUGCACCUGUAAAAGUGGGCCUGAUUCUCUGCUCUGUGUAACGGGGAUGUAAAAUGCUGCCUUUCUGAUUGGGCAGCCCUCUACCCCUCACUCUACAUAGGCAUAGAAGACUGUGCAGGGAGUAGAUAAGCAGGCUUAGGGAGCACAGCCACCCUGCACCUCCCUGCAGACCUCUCAUCUCCUCUGUGCAGCAGGACAGGGGAGCCAUAAUCAAUUCCAGUUCAUUUUACCCCUACGUCAUUCCCUGGGGUGUAUCUACUCCCUGUUUGUGGCCAUGUCCAUUCAUGGAGCCUCACUGAUCUCUCCUGUCAGUCACCCUUGAAUUGUUCUUAACAUUAGCCAUUUUAUGUUUGCAAAACUUGCCCUACUUUUAGUUUAAGGCUGCAACAGUCCUUGAAUACGUAUGUCCCUUAUUCCACUCCACAUUUAAAUUAUGCAAACGUGAUUUUAAUGAGAGCUAUCAGUAGGCACCACUCAUGAAAAAUCAAGCCAAGUAUGUAGGUGCCUAAAUAUGGGUUUUGCUGCCUACCUUUAGGUGACCAGCUUUGAAAAUGUUUGCAGAUUUCUUUAAACUUCCCUUGGAGCAUGUAUCUUUUCGGCAGCUAUAUAAUCUGUCGCUCUUUGGAUUCUGUUUCAUUGUUCUCCAUUCCACAGCAAAGUGUACAGUAUUUCAAAUCUCUGGACUAAGUCGGAACUUAGCAGUGAUCACUAGAAGAGACUGCUCUGGACCCAAAUACUCUGAGGAAGUUCAGAUCUAGAUCCACAUUUCAUGGCUGGCUCCUAUUAAUAUAAUGGGCUGAACCAAAACCGUGGAUCCAAACACCCUUGGGCUUUGGGAUCCAGAUCCAAACUUUGUAGUUUGAGCUCAUUUUUACUCUCUAGUCUUCCAAGCAAUGCCCUGACAAUAUGUUAUGAUGUGAGAUGUCAUAAAGUUUUUAUUGGUACUAGCCUGGGUCAAGAAUAUUAUAAAAUAAGUGGCAGUAAACAUGUUAUAGUACUCCACACCAUGAAAUACUUGGUGUCUGUCAAACAGGUUCAGUCUAAUCUUUUGUCUUUUGUUUGCAUGUUUCCUUUCAUUAGAUUCUCUCUGCCUUUUCUACUUUGAGGUACUUUAGUUGCUAUGGAAAUGAUACCAUCAGCAGUAAGGGUGGAGUUUAGUGACAUUUACAAGAGCAGGAUAAAGUAUAUUUAGAGAAUGUUUCAAAAUGUAUAUUGCAGUUUGUGAAAUAUAAGGGUCUGCAGCAGCUUUCAUGACCAGGUAUGUUGUACAAAUCUAAUAUAUAUCCCAGUGUGGUAGUCAUCUUUUUAGGUGUUGGCUAAUUCGCAACCUCCCUAUUUAGUCUGUCAACCAUUAUCAACCCAACAUAUAAUUUGGCACCUUUUAUUUUUAUUAUUCAUCAAAUCUAUCUGAAGAUUUCUAUGCUAAGUUUCAUUGACAAUAGCCGCAUUUAUAUUCAAUAAGAUAAAAAUAUUUAAGACGGGUUAUAAACCCUCCUGCUUCAGGACAUAAGCCAACAAGUAAUUGAUGAGGGUGAGGGAGGAGCUCUCUUGAGCUGGUUAUUCUAUAACUGUUUCUGCUGGGAAUCUUCUUCAAAAGCUUCUAGUGCAGGUCCUUGCCAGAGACAGAAUACUGGGCUAAAAGAACCACUGGUCUGAUGCUGUAUUGCAGUUCCUGUGUUCUUUGCCAGAUCCUCUAAAUUUGGUUAGUCGGUAGUACUACUGUUACUAUAGCUAAUACUUGGUAUUGAUACAGUGCCUUCCAGCUGAUGUUUUCAAAAUGCAUCACAAUAUUAAAGACUUGGAUUUCAGAAGAUGCCUGAAGGGAAGUAUUAUUAACCCCAUUUUACAGAUGAGGAAACUGAGGCACAGAGUAGUUAAGUGAUUCUCCUAAAGUCACACAAAGUCUGCUCAGAUCUGCAAGCUCCCAGUCCGAAGCCAUUCACUCAGCCUUUCCAUACUUCUAGAUUGGC